AUUACGCUCAGUCGAGAACGGGUAGUGAGGCGAGGGGGAGUGUUGCUCAAGCCUUCCCGGAUUUUAAUAAGAGACUGACGUGAACUUGUCCUCAAACUCAAGUUGGUGAUCAAGAAGGCUGGGCAUCACUCAGGUGGUAGUGGCGGCCUCUCCCGGCAGGACCUGCUCGCCCUCGACUCGUCACACGCACACACGUUGUGGCGUUGGCAGCAGCAAGAGCAGCAUUGUGUCGGUGUGGCAGAAGGCAGGCUGGUGGGGAGAGUAGAGCAUGGUGGCAAGAGAAGUGUGUGCAGGGAAAGAAGGGUAAGCCAGCCAUCAAGCCAGCCAGCCACGCCCCCCUCCCUCCCCUUCCACCAGCUCCACCUGCCACGGGUUUUAAUUUCACAACGGGUUGGAGAAAUGGUGGUUAGGUAGCAAGAAACGAGGGGUGGUAACUUUUAAUUGUUAUCACCAUCACCCCAGCUCCCACUUCAUUGUAGCCGCAACCAUGACUUCCAUACAGCGAGGACCAGGACUCUAUGAGUUCCUAACUGAGGCUGAACUUCAACACUAUUUCAACAAUUUUAAGAAUAUUCUCAAGGUGCAAAAUGUAGGUCAAAUAAAGUUUGUUGCUGAUGAAGACCUACAAGCCAUGGGGAUGUCCCGCCCAGAGAUUCGCCGGCUCAAAAAGUUCUUCCACAAAUACUGUCCUCAGACAUACUUGUCAAAGUUCAAAAAGAUAUUAUUAACACGUAAAGAUGGCCUAGACUCUCCAGAAGUUGUUGUACCUGAUGAUGUUGGAGAGCGUCCUAGUGUUCGUGUUCCUAGUAAACACAUCAUCCCUGCUGAUGCCAUUGUCAUCAACAAGGAGUUGGGUGUUGGGGAGUUUGGUGUGGUCCAGCAAGGGGUUUGGACCAAUGAGGAAGGAGAGAGAAUUCAAGUUGCUAUCAAGUGCCUCAGUAAAGAGAGAAUGCAAACACAGCCAAUGGAGUUUCUGAAAGAAGCAGCCAUCAUGCAUACCAUAGACUCUGAACACAUUGUUCGACUCUAUGGUGUUGUGCUUGACACAAAUGCUCUUAUGCUGGUAACAGAGCUGGCUCCUCUGAGAUCAUUGUUGGAGUGCAUCAAAGAACCUUCUCUGAGAGUAAGCUUUCCAGUAACAUCUCUCUGUCACUUCUCUAUUCAGAUAUGUGAUGGUAUGUCCUACCUUGAGGCCAAGAGACUCAUCCACAGAGAUUUGGCUGCAAGAAACAUCCUGGUUUUUUCUAAAAACAAAAUAAAAAUAUCAGAUUUUGGCUUAUCGAGAGCUUUAGGUGUGGGCAAAGAUUAUUACCAAACGAAUUUUAAUGUUAAUUUGAAACUUCCCAUAGCAUGGUGUGCUCCGGAGUGUAUAAACUACCUAAGGUUUACAUCUGCUUCGGAUGUUUGGGCAUUUGGCGUAACACUUUGGGAAAUGUUCAGUUAUGGCUUCCAACCAUGGGCAGCACUUACAGGGCAGCAGAUUUUGGAAGCGAUUGACGAGCCAAAUUUUCAGCGGCUAGAGCAACCCGAGGCAUGUCCUAAAGAGUACUACACUAUAAUGCUUAAAUGUUGGCAACAUGACCCUGCAAAGAGACCCAAGUUUGUAGACCUAAUGAAUAUUCUUCCAGAUUGUAAACCUGAGCAAGUUCAAGUAGUACGAGAGUGUGAAGACCCCCCAGCUACACCAGGAGGAAAGAGAGACAGACUUCAGUAUUCAGUUGGGGAUGUUAUCACAGUCUUGGAUAAGAGACCCAUGCCAGACAACCCCUCAGUUUGGAAAGGAGUUUUGAACACAGGCAAGACAGGACACUUCAACCCAGCCAACACAGUUACUUACCUGGGCACUAAUAUUCCCUCCAAUAAAUCAUCAUUCCAAAGAGGAGAUGGCAAGAAUCCAUAUUCCUCACGGCGGAGAUUGAGACCGGAGAUGAUUUCAGGACCCCAGGGAGAUUUCAAGCACACUGGACACGUGGGACUAGAUGGAGCAUAUUUUGGCGAUGUCUCCUUCCUCGGAGAUAAGGUCCAGGAUGGCAGAUUUGUUCAAAAAAAGCUUGAUAAGUACCAUCAGCUUCCAAAGCAAAUAGUAGCACCAUACAAGCCAUCAGAUGACCAUGACCAAUCAACGUCAUUAACUAGGGCCAGUUCAGAUGUAUCAGAUCGAGCACCUCUCUUGAAAAAGGUUGGAGACAAGGGUAAGUCUGGCCCAGCAGCAGAGCACAACUGGUCAGACACAGCCAGUGAGGAUCAACCAGACAGUCCAACUCGAUCUCGGCAAACUGAUCAUGAAUAUCAUGAAAUUUCUGAUGAAGAGGAGCCUUUACCCAAGCCUUUCCGGAGCAGCUCCUUUGACCUGGGCCCAAGUCUGAUGGAUGAAGUAUUCAGGGCUCUUGGUGGCUCAGCAUCAUCUGGUCCAUCUUCUCUGGAACCGCCAGGUUCUCUGCCACCUCUCUCCCCCACUCAACAGUCACAGGCUCUACUUGAGGACAAUGAAAGCCAUAAUGUAAAAAAUGAAAUUAAAGAAAUGGCUUCAAAGUUCAGCAACAAAGAUAGCUCAAAGAAAAAACAGGCUAUGGUAAAGCCCAUCUCGGCAGCUGAUCAGCGUACUUUAGAUUCGGCAAUAGCAAUGGCCAAUGAACUUGCUUCAAAAAGUAUGCUAGAGCUGGACUGCAAUCAUGAGAGCUCAGCAGACUCUGAAGGUGCACCAGAUUCUCCCAUCACUCCAUCAUCUCCAACUAAACAUGGUGGAUCACGCUUCUCUUUCAAAUUCUCAUCCAAAGGUAGUCCAAAACCAGAGAGAAGGCACUUCAGUGCAGAAGCAGCUUCAAUACCAGAUAUUCAAUCAAGCAUAUCAGAAGAGGCCAAAGAAGUGUACAACUCACUGGUGGAACGGCCUGGAUUGGACUGUGAGCCACUGGCUUACCGCAGUGACCCUGAGCCACCAAUAAGUGAGCCAGAGCCUGCAGAACACAACCCACUGCGAAUGUUACGUGCUGGUGUCACUGUUAGACCCAAGAUCAGGGGAAAUAAGCACAACUUUAGCUCGGGCUUCAGUACAAUUGAAAGAAGUCAUGGUAUGAGAGCAGGGACUAGAGAAGGACUGACUACAACACCCAAUAGUAACACUGCUGACCUAACAACACAUCAGACAUUACCCAAAGGAUUCAAACAUAGUAAGGUUCCACCACCAGUGAAACCCAAACCAUCUCCAUUAGUUAUACCUAAUUCUGCAUUUAGAGCUACUAAUGAAUCAGCUGGAGAGUCCAGCACUACUCCAGAUACCAUUAGUCCUGAUGGAAGUAACCAAGACGCCAUAAAUUUACUUCCACUACCCCCACGGGAUCGCACAAGAGCUGUUGCUUCCCUUACUAAACCUAGACAUCAACGCAAGCACCCAUUAAUCAUUCCUGGGGGAGUAACUAACUCCUUGUUACGUGGAGGUGGUCAUGUUCCAGCCUUAGGAAGCUUGUCGGAUAAAGUAGAGCACACCAGCAGUCGUCUUGUUAUUCAGCACACACACAAUCCUCAGCUUGAGUCUCACAGUACAACAGCAUCUACCACUCCAAGUGGGUCACCUGCGGCAGAUGGAUUUGUUAGUGAUGAGAGUACAACCUCACCUGGGCCAAGAUUACCUCCUGCUAAGCCUCCUAGAUUAUUUACAAGUCCAAGUGCCUUGGAUGACAGCUUUGAAAGUCAAGUGGCCAGUGAGAUGGAUGCUUUGGAUGAUAUACUGGAAGAAGAGCAAAGUGUUUCACCUGUAGGACCUUUACCUCCACUCUUUCCUAACCCAGAGUCAUUCACUAACUCUUCUGACCAUGUAACUACUAAUGGCUUUGGGGAGGGGCCAGGAGGGGGAAGCGGAUCAUUAUAUCAGUCUGGAGACCAUGUGUCCUGUGAGGACCUCCUGGAUUUUGCUAUGGACCGACCCAACUCCAGACGUACUCAAGGACCAGCACGAGGCACCCAGUCUGAUGAGGUCCACAUCAUGCAAAAAGUUUUGAAAAAUGAGCAUGUGUCCCCCGAAGAAUGUGUUGUGGCACUGAAUGAAUGUGAGUGGGAUGUACAUCGUGCCCUUAAGCUAAUACGCCUACAGCUGUUACUUCCAGCUCACCGUGUACCAAUAGAAGCAGCUCGACACACACUAGCCUCUUUCUCAUGGGAUGUUAGCAAGGCAGCAUCCUACCUUGUUGCUACACGUGGAAUUAGUGAAGAUACAGCGCAAGUUUGACCCAUGUAUCGUUCGUUAAUGCAACUCGGAGUAUAAACUAAAAAUAUAUUGGGCAAAUAAAAUUGUGGCACAAAUUUUUAAGUAUAUAAUUUUUUAUUUAACAGUAUUAUAGAAUUGUAUAUAGAAUAAAUUAUCAAUAUGUAUCAUUUCACAAUACUGUAUAUGUUAGCUACUUUGACAUUCAAUAUCACUUGCAGUACAGUAUCCCAAUAGCUUAUAUUUUAUAAUUACAAUUACAAAUAAAAUCAAAACUUCUUGAAUGUUGUUAUACCAUACGGUCCUACUAAUUAAUACCAAGCAGCAAGGUAAUGUUUAAGUCAAUGGAUGGAAAGUAUUAAGCAAUUAAAAUUAUUGCUGCAUGUUAGGAUUAUAUAUAAUCAUAUUGUUUAUAAAGUGGCUACAUGUGUAGUUAAGCAAUUUUUGCUUUGUAUAUGGUUUAAUUUUAGUAUGACUGACAAGUUUCAACAUUCUAUUUGUUCACACACGUCAUACAUUACUUUAUUACCUUUACAUACUCAAUUAGCAUAUAUUAUCUUUACAAGUUAAAUUAUUAUGAAGCAAUUGGUUUUUGUCAGAAUAUGCACUAUUCGCUCUUUAAACUUUGAGUGAGCGAGCAUAUCAAGUGACAAAGUAGCUAUCUAACUCUUCUCUAUUCCACUAACGAGAUUGACUAAUGUACUAUAUUAUUAAGAAUGUGCAUAUUUAGUGGUGAAAGUGAAUUAUUUAUUACAUUUCUUUAUAUAUGUAAUAUACAUUGAAACCUGUAGAUAAUGUCCAUAAAUUAUUGGUCAACAUCAUGGCAUAAUCCCCAUCCCUCCCCCAUUACAAUUAGUGCAAGAAAUGUAUUUUCUUAAAGUAGACUUAACGUGUCUUUGAAAAGCAUGUGUGUCGAGAAACUAUCCAAGUUGAAAGCAGCUUUCCCAGUCACUCAUUGUAUUUAUUUAAGUCUUCCAGUUAAUUAAAUUUUGAUGCGAGUAUUCAUGAGAUUAUUAAGGAGCUUUAAACUGCCUCAUUCAUUUACACUUUCAUUAUGCAACUUACCCAUUACAUUUUAUCACUGCAUAACAUUAGAGUAUAUAGCGUUGUCCUGUAAGGAUAACAUUGUGAAUCACUUCAUUGCAUAUUUUCAUACUUUUGUAUUUUUAUAUAAUGUCUUAACAUCUGUCUGUCUAGAUAGUUAAAGUAUUUUAGUGACUUUAAAAAGUGAUGUCUUGCAUGACGUCAUGCAAGCACAUGAAUGAAUUCAUUUCUUUGAGCUCAUUGCACACAUUUAAUUUUGAUUCACGACAAUUUAUUGUAAUAAAUCAUAUUCCAGUGACCAAGGUAUGGAGUUAUGUAACAUUUAGCAAGUGCAAUCUUUGUAAGCCUGUGGUUGAAUAUACAUAAAUGACUAAA